AUGCUAUCGAGAAGUUUGGCCUUGAAGAAGGGUCUGCAACAAGUAGCGAUCCAAAAAAGAUGUUUGUCGAUUCACGAGUUCAGAUCUGCGGAAUUGCUUAGAAAAUACGGCAUUGGUACUCCAGCCGGUGAAGCUGCUUUUGAUCCCAAACAGGCCUAUGAAAUUGCUGAAAACCUCGGGAACAAAUCUUUGGUGGUGAAAGCACAGGCGCUCACUGGUGGUCGUGGAAAAGGCCAUUUCGACACUGGACUAAAAAGUGGUAUUCACAUGGUAGACAGUGCAGAACAGGCUGAGGGAAUUGCCAAAGAUAUGUUGCAACAUCGUUUGAUCACUAAACAAUCCGGUGCCAAGGGUAAGCCCGUGAGCGCCGUUUAUGUGGUUAAACGUGUGGACGCCAAACACGAGGCAUAUUUGUCGAUUUUACUCGACAGAGGCUCCAAAAAGGCUAUGAUCAUCUGCUCGAGCCAAGGUGGUAUGAACAUCGAAGAAGUGGCCGAGAAGACCCCUGAUGCCAUUAAGAAAUUCACCGUUAACGCAUCGGAAGGUUUGACUCCAGAAGUGGCCUCUCAGAUCUCCAAGAGCUUGGGAUUCUCUUCCGAGGCCGAAGCUGACGCCGCUGACGCUGUCACCAAGCUUUUUAAGAUCUUCCAAGACAAAGAUGCGUCUCAGAUCGAAAUCAACCCAUUGAGCGAAGUGAUUGGCCAGGACACCAAAGUCAUGUGCAUGGACGCCAAAUUUGGGUUCGAUGACAACGCUUCUUUCAGACAAGAAGAAAUCUACUCUUGGAGAGAUCUUUCACAAGAAGACCCAGAUGAAGUGGUGGCCAAGAAAUCCGAUUUGAACUUUGUCAAGUUGCAAGGUAACAUUGGCUGUUUGGUGAACGGAGCUGGUUUGGCCAUGGCCACCAUGGACGUGAUCAAGCUCUACGGUGGUGAUCCUGCUAACUUUUUGGACUGUGGUGGUGGUGCUACUCCAGAGACCAUUGAAACUGCUUUCAAAUUGAUUUUGUCUAACGAGAAUGUGGACGCUAUCUUUGUCAAUAUUUUUGGUGGUAUUGUGAGAUGUGACUACGUGGCACAAGGUUUGGUUGCUGCUACCAAGAACUUGGCUGUGCGUGUGCCAAUUGUGGCCCGUCUACAAGGAACCAACUUGGAUGAAGGUCGUCGUAUCAUCCAGGAGUCCGGUUUGAAGAUCUACUCUUUCGAUGAGCUGGAUCCAGCUGCUGAGAAGGUGGUUCAAUUGACUCAACAGUAA